GCAACUAUGCGUUUUAACUGUAAACCUUAGACGAAGAAGAACACCUGAUAUUCCAAAUUCCUCCAUCUUUUCUUUGACUCCACACCAUGUUAGGGUUUGCAGAGCAACCUCCAAAUUUCUGAAUGCAUACAAUACAACAACCCAAAACGACGUCGCAUUCACUUGAUUCUUCCGUUUCAGUUUCACCUCACGAAAUCCAAAGGCCAUGGACAAUCUCAUGCGUCCUCUACUCAAUACCUUGUUCCUUCCAUAAUCACUCUUCAAAUUCUCAGUUCCUUCCUUCCCUGGGGUUUUAAUGGAUACUGUGCACAAAGGGAAUGGUGAUGUUAACUUGGACUUGAAUGUGGAGCAGAGCUCUUGCAGCCCUAACGUCGCUCGUCGUGCCAAUGGCUCUCGCGCUGGUCUUCCAUCGAGUAAUGCGCCCGGUAGUACCGAUUCGGGGUUGGGAAUUGGUAUGGAAUUUGAGUCUGAUGACCACGCGUACAGAUUCUAUUACAAGUAUGCCAUAUUGUUGGGUUUCAGUGUUAGGAAAGAUUGGGCGAAUAGGAGUAAGGUGCAUGGUCAGGUGAUGUCUAGGAAGUUUACGUGUUCCAGGGAAGGAUACCGGAGAAAGGACAAAAGGGACGACAAUGUGAGGAAACAUCGCAAGGAAACAAGAACCGGCUGCUUGGCUCACAUGAUCGUCACGCGUCAGCCGAAUGGUAAAUACCAGGUCACCCAUUUUGAAGCUCAGCAUAAUCAUGACAAUAUCAACCCUGACAGUGUUAACAUGUUAAACUUAUUACGUGAAUGUAGUGUUGCUCAAGCUGUGGAAGCUGCUUCGGAUAAAAAUUUGGGACCCAAAUCAAAGUCGGCAUUAAACGUGAUGAAUAAAAAGUUAGCUGCCCGUGAUUCCCUUAAUCAACUUUCUGUGAAUUAUGACAAUUGCCUUCAUUCUGAAAGGGAAAGAGAUAUGAGUAAAGGAGAUGCGGGGCGAAUGCUGAGUUAUUUGCAAAGGCAACACUUUGAAAAUCCAACACUCUUUUAUGCGAUACAGCUUGAUGUUGAUGACAAGGUAAGCAAUCUCUUUUGGGCUGAUGACAACAUGGUAGUAGAUUAUGACCAUUUUGGUGAUGUUAUUUGUUUGGAUACAACUUGCAGAACAAACAGAGAUCUUCGGCCAUUUGUACAGAUUUUAGGUGUUAAUCAUCACAAACAAGUGUUAAUCUUUGGUGCUGCUUUUUUGUAUGACGGUACCAUUGAAUCAUUUAAUUGGCUACUCCGAACUUUCAUUAAUGCAAUGUCUGGAAAAAAGCCAAGGGCCAUUAUCACAGAACAAGAAGCUGUAGUUAUUGAAGCAGUCAAUACGGUUUUACCUGAAUCAACCCAUUCUACAUGUGUGUGGCAGAUGUAUGAGAACACUUUGAAACACCUCAGUCAUUUUGUUAAGGAUCCUGAGUCCUUUGCAAAUGAUCUACAAAGUAGUAUUUAUGAUCCCAAGGACGAGAAAGAAUUUAAUCAUACUUGGGAGGCUAUGCUGGAGAAGUAUAAUCUCCAGCAAAAUGAAUGGUUGAGAUGGAUGUAUAGAGAAAGAGAGAAAUGGGCUGUUGUCUUUGGCCGGAAUACAUUUUUCGUUGACAUGAAAGGCUUUCAUUUAGGUGAGGUUUUGUCUCACAAGUUUAGAAGUUAUCUAAACACUAACCUUGACGUAGUUGACUUUUUUAAUCAUUUUGAAGGGGUAGUAGAUGAGCAACGUUAUAAAGAAAUAGAAGCUACUGAUGAAAUGAGCAGGUGUUUGCCAAGGAUAAUGGGUAAUGUGGUUUUGUUGAAGCAUGCAAUUGAUGCCUAUACUCCAGGGGCAUUUGAAGUAUUUCAGCGAGAAUAUGAGAAGUCUUUAAAUGUUCUUGUUAACCAGCAUGGUACAAAUGGAUCACAGUUCAAAUAUAAAGCAAAUACAUUUGGGCACGAUAGGCAAUACAGUGUCACCUUCAAUUCUUCAGACAAUACAGUUGCCUGCAGUUGUAUGACGUUUGAGCAUGUUGGAUUUCUUUGUAGCCACGCACUCAAAGUCCUUGACCAUAGAAACAUAAAAGUAGUUCCAUCUCGGUAUAUCUUAAAGAGAUGGACAAAAGAUGCUCGGUUGGGAAACCUUGGGGAAAUGAAGCAGUGUAAAACGCAAGAUAACCCCAAGAUAGUCGUGGCGAGCUGCUACAAAGAUUUGUGCCCAAGACUUGUCAAGUUAUCAGCAAGAGCCUCUGAAUCUGUGGAGGCUUAUCAGUUUACCGCAAAGCAACUUGAUAAAGUGAUGGAAGGAGUGGAGAAAAUCUUGACAUCAAAAGUUGAGGAAGCUCAAGUUAUCACCUCAAGUAGUAUUGAUCCAAAUGCUUCAGAAAGUGAGCCUCCAGUGAUCUUUCUGAACCGACAUGAAAUUGAGGACCUGGAUGCAAGUAACAGAGUAAAUGGAGAAAGAGACAAGGGAGCUACACCAGAUAGCCAUAGGGGCUGGCAAACAGCUGUGGAUUGUAGUCAAACUGAUUCUGAUGGGAUUUUACAUGUAGAAGCAUCUCCACCAGAUUCCACUGUCUGCUUUUCAAGCCCCUCAUCUGCUUAUGUUUCAUCUCAAUCUGUAACACCAAAUCCUGUUUUGCAGUUUGUGGAACAGGGUUUAUACAGCUUUGAAGCCAAUCAAGCGGUUCACGGCAUGCAUGUACAGCCUAAUCUUGAGCUGGACCAUCAAUCUAAUACUAACAUGUUCCAGCCCCCAAAUUUCUUUUCUAACCAACAGAAUUCUCCUGGCCCAUCACAACUAUUGCAGGAACCUAUAAUCCAGCACACAUACCAUGAGUCAAUGCCAAGCAAUAGUCAGGUGCGGCAGGGGAUGGAUCUUGGCAUUCAAAAUUCACAUUCAUCUUCAUUCUUGAUGUAAGACCAUAGAUACAGAAGUUCUGACUCUGGAUAAUGUAUAGGUGAAGAACAUGGUUGAAUCAUUCUCCUCUAUCGACAAUGCCGGUAUUUUUGCUGUACAGUAGAGAUUGAUCUGGUCCAUAAGCAUUUAGAACAGAUCAUCCUUCUCUCUUUGUAAAUAACCAUUCACCAAAUGAUAUUAGAAGAUGAAUACGCCACUUUUGUAGUGAAGCUAACACAAAUCCACCAAUACUUACAUUUAAAAUACAGCUCCCUACAAUAUGAACAAAAAAUUCUUUUGGAAAGCUUAAUGCUGAUAUCUUGUGAUUGUUAAAGAUUCAUACCUUUAUUUUUGAGAAAAAUGUGAUUCACAGCACGCUGAUUCCAUAUUAGUCUCUUUUCUUUU